CGCUUUCGGCAGUUUCUCUUCUUGACACCCAUGUCGUCGACAAACAAGUCUGUAUCCAGCGAAGAUAUUCUCGGUCAAAAGUAUGACCGCUGCUUGGCGGAUCUGUUGGUGAAAGCUGGUGUUGGCUUCAGCGUGGGCGUCGUUGCCUCUGUCAUAUUAUUCCGACGACGUACAUGGCCCAUCGCACUAUCUACAGGCUUCGGCGCCGGUGCCGCCUACGCUGACUGCGACCGCUCCUUCAACCCUGCCAGAAUACCCGGCACGCGCAUCAUCACUUCCAAGGAGGAGCUAAAAUAGAGAUUUUGGCGAGAGUCAGACAUCAGCUAGACUUUUUUGUUAUGAAGGCGUCGGUCAGUAAUCAGCUAUCAUUCGAGCACAAACACCAUUCCUGCACCUUCAAUCAUCAUUCAUGCUCUCUUGCCCUUGUCCUUUGUUCCAACUUUGUGCUGUCGUCUCCGUCGUCGAUCCAGAGAUCUUUCUCUGAGGUUCUCCCAAGACCAACCGCUUGUACAAAACAACUACACAGAAAACCUAAGGAUUUGCUGACAGGUUGAAAAAGUGGCUAACGAACAGGAAGUCACCCCUAUUAGGGGAACUAAAGCGAGUAUUCGAGCCGUUUGGCGGCCAGAAAUUGGCAGUUCUUUUGGUAUCUUUCUUUUUGCCAUGGAUGGCACACGGAGCGACGUCGACGCGUUGGCUUGAGUAGCGAACGCGACUUU